AUGUAUAUGCUCAAUAUUACUUUGGCAGGUGUAAUUCCACGGGAGAUUGGUAACUUGUACUUUCUCAAACAACUCACCUUGCAAGUCAAUAGUUUAAGUGGUUCCAUACCAACAGAGAUCUUCAACCUCUCAAAGUUAAUUAUGUUGGCUCUUGACCUAAAUCAACUUUCAGGCAAUCUUCCAUCAACGUUUGGUUAUAGGCUUCCCAAUUUAGAAUUGCUUUACCUCGGCAUUAAUUCCUUCUCUGGAGUAUUACCUACGUCAAUCUCAAAUUCUUCUAAACUUCGUAGAGUAGAUUUUAGUUCUAACAAGUUCACGGGUCCAAUUCCCACUUCCUUUGUGGACCUAAUUCUCCUAGAAGUUCUGGAUCUCGCCGACAACAAUUUAACCAGCGACUCCUCAUCUCGAGAGUUGAGCUUCAUCGCUUCGUUGGCAAAAUGCCAAUAUUUGGCAAGAUUGGACUUGAGUGGCAAUCCAUUGAAUGGGAUCAUUCCGGACUCACUCAGUAAUCUUUCAACUUCCCUUGAACAACUAAGUGCACCCAAUUGUAAAAUAAAGGGCAGCAUUCCUGAUGGAAUUGGAAACUUGAGAAGUUUGAUCCUAUUAGAUCUAUCAAACAACGACUUAACUGGGUCGUUGCCAGCUACAAUAAAAGAUUUGCAAAAGCUUCAAUACAUGGAUCUCAGUAUGAACAAACUAAUUAGCAGAGUCCCCCUGCAUUUGCUCUGUGCUCUCCACAGCUUGGAUACAAUGAACCUUGGACAAAAUCAAUUUAUGGCCUCAAUUCCAAAGUGCUUCGGAAAUCUUACUUCCCUGAGGCAUCUCAACCUAAGUCACAACAGACUAUAUUCUGCUCCACCUGAGGAAAUAUGGAACCUAAAAGAUCUCUUGGAACUUGACCUCUCCUCAAAUCUGCUGAGUGGAUCUUUGCCGUAUGCUAUUACGAAUAUGAAGAUGGCAAAUUGGGUAUAUUUGUCAACCAAUCAGUUCUCAGGUGGCAUUCCUGACUCAAUUGGAGAUAUGCAGAACCUGCAAAAUCUUUCUCUAGCACACAACAGAUUGCAAGGAUCAAUCCCAGAAUCGAUUGGUAAGGUGUUCAGCUUGGAGUCAUUGGAUCUAUCACAUAACUUUCUCUCUGGAUCAAUUCCAAUGUCAAUGGAGAAACUUCAGUAUCUUAAAAAUAUCAAUCUCUCUUUUAACAAUUUAAGUGGGGAAAUUCCAUCCAAAGGGCCAUUUACAAACUGCACUGCCGAAUCCUUCGCUUCAAAUCAAGCCCUCUGUGGAGCUCAAAGGUUUCUUGUGCCUCCAUGCCCAACUAUUUCAGCUCACAGAUCAAGAACAAAAAGAGUGCAUCGAACCAUUUUUAUUUCACUGGGGGUAUUAAUAGCAGUGGGAGCGUUGUCCUUUGGAUUUGUUUACCUGAGAUAUCGAAGGAAAGAUAAACUUCCCAAUGGAGCCAAUUUAUCCUUAGUUGCAAUGCCAGAAAGAAUUUCAUAUUUUGAACUUCUACAAGCAACUAAUGGAUACAAUGAAAGCAAUUUGUUGGGGGUUGGAAGCUUUGGAUCUGUUUAUAGAGGUACUCUUGAUGAUGGAAGGGUUGUGGCUGUUAAAGUGUUCAAUUUAGAAGUCGAUGGAGCGUUCAAGAGUUUUGAUGUAGAAUGUGAAGUGUUGCGCAAUCUUCGCCAUCGAAACCUAACAAAAGUCAUCAGUAGCUGCUCUACCUCUGAGUUUAAGGCAUUAGUGCUUGAGUUGAUGCCAAAAGGAAGUCUCGAGAAGUGGAUGUAUUCACACAACUAUUUUUUGGAUCUGAUGCAGAGAUUGGACAUAUUGAUUGAUGUUGCAUGUGCAUUGCAAUAUCUCCACUGUGAGUAUUCAACUCCAGUAAUUCACUGUGAUCUGAAGCCAAGUAAUGUACUGCUGGAUCAAGACAUGGUUGCCCAUCUAAGUGAUUUUGGCCUUACAAAGUUGUUAGGCGAGGAGAACAGCAUCACAUACACCGAAACACUAGCCACACUUGGCUAUCUCGCACCAGAGUAUGGGUUGGAAGGAUUGGUAUCAGCAAAAUGCGACAUCUAUAGUUUUGGAAUUCUUUUGAUGGAAGUCUUCACGAGAACAAAUCCCAACAGUGAAAUGUUUGGUGAAAAAUUGAGCCUGAAGAGCUGGGUUGCUAAUUCAAUGCCUGAUGGAUUAGCUAAUGUCAUCGAUGCUAAUUUGCUAAAGGAAAGUGAUGAAUACUUUGUUGAAAAGCUAAGCUGCAUAGCCUCAAUCAUGAAAGUGGCUCUAGGCUGCACCAUGGAGUCUCCAAGAGAGAGAAGCAGCAUACAAGAUGUUCUUGUUGCGCUGAAAAAUAUCAAGCUUCAGUACAUGAGUCCUCUUUGUUCAGGGACAUAAUGGUGCAUGCAUUUUCUCUAAGCAAGAUUGCAACCUUCUUGAUUGUCUCAGUUAUAAAUUUGCAGGGCAGAGAAAAAUCUCAACAAAAUUAGGCCAAGUAAGAAUAGCAUUUAA